UUUUUUUUUGUAAACAAAAGGGGAGUAAACUCUGGAAUGUAUUUUUUGAGUAAUGUUUACAAAACGUUUAGACGUGGCCUUGUCGAUCUAGAUGAUUAGUAGAUGUUGCAGAAUAAAGUUCUCUGUUACAACAAGACUUUCAAGAAAACAAACUAAGGCCAAAGUACAUAUUUGCUAUCUGUAAGAACAAAUUUGUUCAAAGAUAAGUUAUCUAUUAAAUGGGUGGGAUUCGACCCUCAGGGCUUAAUGUUAACAAGCCAGUUGUGUUUGGACUCCUGGUUGCAGGUCUUGUACUAUUUUUGGUUUACAGAAAUUUUUUGGCAUCACCAAUGGGAGAUAAAGUAACAAAAGAAGCGACAGUAUUGAAGCCUGUGCCGUCACUUGAUGAAACUGAACUACAAACAAAAGUUGAUGAAAAUAUGGAAGUUACAGUUGGAGAUAAAACUGUCAAAGUGUAUGUUCAACAAGUCAUUAAGAAAUCAAAUCAGUUCAAGCUGGAUGUUCUCUUCCUCCAUGGCAAUGCAUUCAGCUCCAAGAACUGGACAGAUCUUAAAACAACAGAUCAUGUCGCCAAUUGGGGAUAUAGAGCCAUAGCCAUAGAUCUACCAGGGAAAGGCAGAAGCUCCAGUGUUGAGGUAGAACCUGACAAAUUCCUUGAAGCCUUCAUUAGCAAACUUCAAAUGACAAACAUUGUAAUCAUAGCUCCUUCAAUGAGUGGAAGGUAUGCACUGCCAUAUUUAUUUAAUGAGCCAACCAAGGUCUCGGAAACUGUCAAGGGGUUUGUAGCAGUGGCACCUGUUGAGACAGAAACCUAUGAAAGCAAAUAUUCAGCUAGCCAGAUUCCAACUUUAAUUGUUUAUGGCAGCAAUGAUAAAGCAAUUUCAACAUUCCUACCAAAUCUGGAGAAACUUCCCAAGCAUACAACAGCUGAAAUCAAAGACGCUGGACAUGCCUGCUACUUGAAUAAGCCAGAGGAAUUUCAUAAAAUAUUGUACAACUUUUUAUUAGAAGUAUCUUCUUAACUGGCAGAGCAAAGUUUGUUUUAUCACUUGAUGUUUGAUGCACAAUGUGCUGUUCCAAAUGUAUGAUAUUUUGCCCUAAUGUUAGAUGGUGUUUUAAAACUGAUAUACAAAUGUAUUGAACAAAUAUGAUUAGACAAAUUUCUAUUUUGUGGUGAGUUGUGUGUUGAACAUCUUGACUUUUUGUAAACAAUAUUAUUUACUCAGAACUGAUAAUAGAAGACAGGAGAGCUACAGGUGAUCCACUUUUAAGGUAUACUGAUGUAUGCAAGUGCGACAUGAAACUCUUCAGAAUCUUGAGUAAAACAGUGUAACAUAGACUAUGUCAUACUACAUAAUUUAGUUUUUUCACUGUUUCUGCCAUAAUUUAAUUUUUGUAAAAGUCAAAUUCAUUUGUUUAUCUUAAUUGUUAACAUCAAUUAAUACUUACAGAAAUAAAAAAAUAUCAUAACUAUGAAUAUUAUAUACCUUAACAUUUCUAAGCAAACAAAAAGGAACAAUGAAAAAUCUAGUUUUAGAGUGAAUUUGUUUUGCUAUGAUUAUUAAGAUGAUUUAUAUCUUGUUUGAGGGCAUUAUUGUAUAAUGGAAUUUAUUUAAUAGUAAAAUCAGUUAUUGUUCUUGCCAUUUAUUUGUUUUCUCAUAUAGAAAUUAUUUUUCUAGUGAUUAAAUCUACUGAUACAUGUAUCUGUAAUAUUGGGUUAUAAAUACAGGGUUUGUAACCAUUUGCUGUGUUACUUUUUUUCCUCAUUAUUUAUCAGGCCAGACAAAAUCAAUGCAUUGUAAUCAUCCUGCCUGCAUAGGUUAUCAACAAGCUUCAACUAGGCAUCUCGGUUCUGGGCAAGUCAUUACAACUGUCUUCCCAUCUGCUUCCAAAUCUCAGUGCUAUGUUUUUCUAGGCCAUCUUAUCUUCUUCUUUCUUUGGGGGUUCCUGGGAAAGUUUUGUGAAGGCUGUGGCUUUUCCGAUGCCAGCAUCUCUGAAGGAUCUUCUUCAAUAGGCUGCUGCUUAGUUCUGUGCCACAGUUUUUCAUUUUGUGAUCUAGUCUGGCCAGGGGAUCUUAAGGAUCGUGGUUUAUAAGCUUACAUUAUAUUGUGCUUUAACAUGUAGCAAAAGAUUUACUCUUUACAUUGUGGUAUUUUGUUGUUGAGCGUCUUAUUUACUACUAAAUGAUGGGAUAACAUUGAGUUUCAUUUUGUAUUUCUUUAUUCAUGUUAGUUAAUUGGAUUGAUAAUAGGACAUUGUUGGAAAAAAAAGUGAAUGAAAUGAACAGAGUGUAUUAUUUUGUUUACAAUAAUAACUGUUUCAAUCUGUUUUACCAAAAGCAAGAUUUUGUAUUUUAACUAUAACACUAAAAUUGUGUCCAUAGCAUGAACAAAUGCAUCAGUGACAACCGGCCUGGAUGUUUUCUUCUCCAUUAUACUGUGUUAUUCUUUUAUCUUCUCCUGAAAGCAUGCUUUCCCUACAGUAUUCAUCAUUUGUUAGUUAUAAAUAGGAUAGGUUUUAAUAAAAAAAAAAGAUAUGUAAGGCUGAUAGAUAGAGAUGAUUUUUUUGUUUCACUAAAGGAUGAAAUUUAUUAUGUAGUUAAAAGAUCACCAAAUCACAAAAUGAUUGGAUUUCUUUUCGUUGACACUUUUUAAAUAAAAUACCUUGAAAGAUUUGCUAAAUACAAGUUUAGACAUUUUUUUCCUGCACCUUGGUUGUCCACUUUUUACAAAGCUUGUAUCCACCCACUCUGUCUGUCUGUCUGGUCAAAAGCUUUUACAUAUUUUUUCUGCCACAUCCAUUUUCGGAAUAAGUUGAAACUGCACAAUUAUUCAUUAGCAUAGACAAGACAUGAAUCAAUAAAAAAAAGUUAGUCAGUCAAUUAAUUAUUGGUAAUUAAUUAUUUUGUUUGAUACCAACAAAGGAAAUUAAUCCUUUAGUAUUCACAUAUAUGACUAAAUAUGUAGGGUUUGGUCCUCUUAGAUAAUAGAUAAUUGUAAAUGUCAUUUCUCCCACAUCCCUUCUUGGAUCAAGUUGAAACUGUAAACAAUUAUUUAUUGUACCUAACAAAACAUGAAUUAAUAAAAAAAAAUAUCUAACUAUUAAUUAAUUAUUGGUAUUAACUAUUUUGUUUGAUAUCAAAUUAAUUAAGGAAAUAACUUCUACAUAUUGAGGAGAUAUAGUAAGUGUGGAGUUCUCCUUUAGAUAAGCUUUUUUUUUUUAAAGGAUUUUUUCAUGUUUGCUUGUUUCUCUUGUUUGUUAUGGUAUACUUUUAGAUGACUUCUUUGCAGUCAUUGUCCUUGUUCCCAGUCAUGUUACUCUCUUGUUACCUGACAAUGUGAUAUUUGUACAUAUUAAUACUGCUGUGGAUUUCUCUUGUCACCAAUCAUGAUAGUUUGUUUUUUUUCACACAUUUUUACAGUCUAAGCAGUCUUGUGUUUUUAGUGUGUCUGUGUGUGUGUGUCACAUGGUAUGACUUUUAUUGAAAUGAGCAGUCAGAUGGUUUGAAUGUAAACUGAAAAUUGCCACACACCAUAUUUGGAAUGCUGGUCUGGACGAUCAAUUUUUAUUUUUCCAGAAAAAUACUAACAUGAGCACUCUUUUUAAAGUCUCAUUUUUGUUACUUUCUCACUAAAUUUUUUUACUUUAUACUAUUUCACUUUACCACUGAAUGAUGUCUGCUUCUAUGUGACCUAUCUCCUUUUACACUGUUAUUGUCAAAUUUUCUUGAUCUUAAUUUGGGUAUUACAUACCUACUAAAAUAAUGAAAUAUAUUUCUACAGCUGAUAUAGUUUGUUCUAUAACAGGUAGAUUGAUCUGAUGCCAAUUAUUAACAUGAGUAUGAAGCAAUCAUCCUAAUGAUCCACCACACUUUACUUCUACUCAGAAGAUGUCAGCACAGGAUUGACUUUAUUCACAUCCAGAAUAAAAAUCCCAACCGCACAAAGAUUUAACUAAAGACUCUCAUUUUGAAGGCAAACUCUUAUUGUCACAUUGACUUCUUAUCCAAAAUGUAAAACCAGUAUAAUCACUUAAGCAAAUCUUACUCAAAAACAUGUCAAUGUUUCACUAGUGAAUAGACUUGUUUAUAUGGUCUAAAUAGUUAAGAGAAGACAUUUAAAAACAUUUAAUUUUAGAGAUCUUAUAAAAGAAAGAUUCAUCCUUUCACCAAUCCAUUUAUUGAUGACUGACAUGUAUAGUAUUAUGUUUAGUGUAUUUUAUAAGUAAUAGAAAUUGAUUUUUGGUCAAAAUCAUUUGUUCAAAUUCAUCCUGUCACUGAUUCAUGAUUUAACUAGUUGCAUUCAGAUUAUUAUGGCAGGUAUAUGAUUGAUUUUUCUUUCAAUGCUAUUGAACAAUCCUUUUCACCACUUGCAAUAGUUCUUGUAAAUGGUUUAUUUAUGAGUAUCCAGUCCUUUCAAUCAUUUUAUUUUCAAUUCAGCAUAAAAAUUUACUUGUCUUUACCAAGGAAAAAAUUUGUGUCUUUUGUGUAAACUUUGGCUACUGUCUUACAGUACAUUACACAUUGUAGUUAGCAUUUUUCUCCACUGUAAGAUGAAUCCAUGUCAUCAUUGUUUAAAUACUUCAUAUUUAUACCCUAUUAUUUCAUUGGCUUUAAUGAUCAUGACAUUUUGAGGUAGCUUAAAGUUUCUCAUGUUGGGACAAAAUGUGCGCAUUUAAUUCACUUUAAUUAAUUAUGCUAAUUUUUUCUUACUUUCAAUGCUUUCAUUUCAUUUGUUUUUUUUAAAUAAAGUUUUGAAAGUA